GGCCCUCAUUCUACCACCUGCCCAUGUUCCGGCACGCGCCGGGGCCACUUGUAGCUCCAGAGCUUUUCCGACCGGUUCCUCAUAAAACAUUGCUUCCACCCGGACUGACCGCGCUGCUGUUACCGCCAGCAGAACAACGCACGAGCGUCCCACAAACGGGUGCACGCGCUGUGGAGGUCUGGUGCGGAUACGAGACAAUCUCUGUGCGCGUGGACCGCUUCCAGCUGCGAGCCUGGACCGUUCCAUCCCUGUUCCGACUGGGCUCGUGCGAAGCCAGCAGGAUCAGCCCGCGCUUCCUGUAUUUCCACUACAGACUGACAGAGUGCGGAGGACAGUCUCAGGUUGUUGGUGGUCAGCUGGUGUAUGCCUAUUCACUGUCUUAUACUCCACCUCCACAAGGCUACGUCAUCAGAGUUCUACCACUUAAUCUUCCCAUCCACUGCCAUUACAACAGGUUUCAUUACUCUUAUCAAGUUGGCUUCAAACCUCAAGUCCAGCACACAGUCCUUAUGAAAAACAUUAGGAGUAAACUCAGCUUCAGCCUCACUGUCUGCAAUGCCCAGUGGGAGCCCCUCCCUCCAGGCCACUGGUUCCUUUUAGGGGAGCCAGUGUAUUUUGUGGCCCAGACAGGAGCUCUGUUGCCUGGGGAGAGGCUUUAUGUGGACUCAUGUUAUGCCACAAGCUCCAGAGAACCAAGCAGCACACCCAGAGUGGAUAUUAUUACUAACUAUGGCUGCAUGACAGACAGCAGGAGGGAGGGCAGCAGCUCCUGUUUCCUGUGGGGAGGGGGCAGCAUGCUAAAGUUCUCCGUUGACUCUUUUCUCUUCAGAUCAGUCUCACAAGUGCUGUACCUCCACUGUUCAAUGUCAGUCAGUCUCACCACUUCCAGCACCUCAAAGUCCUGCAACUACAACAAAGCUGCUGGCAGGUGGGAGGAGCUGGCAGCCCCACCCUCAGUGUGUUCCUGCUGCGAGUCCACAUGCUCUGACAUACAGGACUCUAUCAGGAACACAGUCAGCAGUCCAGGCUGGCUCAUUGGACAGAAAGGGGAAGAGAGACAGAGGAUGAGGGCGCUAUCUUUUCAAGCAGAGGAGGGAAGAGAAUGGCUGGACCAAGAAGAGAAGAGCAAAGAAGGAAUGGAAGAGCACCUUCAGGAAGUCCAGGCUUUUCCACAGGACACAGAAACUGUCAGCGGGGAGGAAAAAGAAGAGGCCGUACUCAUGAAGACCUCUAUGAUCCCUGCUGAGAAAAAAGAAUGGAAGCACAGUACUGCCGUGAUCCAGCAGGGAAAGAAGGAAAUGGAGGGUGAGACAGAAGAGGUGCCUGUGGAGAAGGCAGACAGCCAGCUGAAGGAGUUAUCAACAGAUGGCAUCUUUCUGUCUGACCAGACUGGACCAGGAGGAAAUGAGACAGCCGGGGCCAGGGAGGAGGUGCCUGUGAGCAGGUUAUCCAGUCACAACAGAAGUACUAACGCUUCAAGAGAUGGUUCUGUCACCACCACUAUGACCACAACAAAUUCCAGUUUUGGUACUGAUCAUGAUGAGACGAGUUAUCACAGCUCUGCUGCAAAUAUUUCCACAGCUGUUAUUCCCAGAAUUCAUCUUUGUCCUGAUGGUGAUGAAAUGAGUUGCAGUGUCACUAACGGUACAAACAAGAGUGAGAAGGUUAGGGAUAGUGCUGGACACGGUGCCAUGCAUGCUGCUGCUGUCAGUACAGGGAACAUCACCCCAUAUGAUGUUAGAGCUCCACCUGGUGCCAGUAGAUCUGGUUCUGCUUGGGGUUCAAGUGUCCACGAGAGUCAGUUUGACAGUGGACAGGAGACAUUAGCUGGGACACAUUCUUCCACCGCUAACUUUGAAUUUAACCCCCCUGGUUCUCUUGAUGUCAGAAAGUCAGAACCAUCCACGUCUGUUCACAAGUCAGAGGACACAGACUCUGACAGGAGACCAGUGGGAGCGGGUUAUUCUGUUUACAGUAAAGGGGCAGAUGGAGAUGAUGAAAUGCUUCACAGUCUACAGCUCAGAGGGUUAGACCCAGACCAGUCUGCUCACACGGCUGGGCUCCGGAGCCCCGUCUUUGUACAGGAGUUACUUGGUGGGUCUGAUUUUGAUCCUGGAAUUGAAGAAAGUGAAGCUCUUCAUCUGAAUCAGUUUACUGGAGAAGUGAGGACAAAGAAAGACGCACAAGCAUUUUCUGGGACCAUGAUAAGGCCUCACAGAGUCAGUUCUGGUCCUGUUAGUUCAGAGCAAACGCAUCAAGACAGCCCCAUUCAUUCUGCUGUGGUCACAGUCGUUACCACCCUGCAAGGCUCAGAGAGCAGCCAGGUGACCGACAGGGAGUGGGCUGAGCUGGUGCCAGGGUCGGGCCUGCAGAGUUUGGGGUUUGUGGUGGAGCAGCCCACUGAGGUGGGAGGAGAACUGACAGAAGGUUUUGGAUGACUUCUGUUAACGGGCUUUAUAAAGGUGUUGAUGUUCCCACAAAGCAGUACUGUGACAAAGGUGU